AUGACAUCGGCAGCAGCGAGCUUGGCCGGCCGAACUUUCGAGGAGAUUCUUCGUACUCCACCACCCACGCUUGCAGCUGGUGUGGGUGUAUUGAUCGACAUGGCUCUCUUCUGGAAAGCUGCUGGUCCCGAACGCUACUUUACACGGAGUGAUGACUUUGACGAUCAACUCAUCAAACGCUAUUCUACGGUCUACCCUGAAGUACAUGCCGAACGCAUCACGCCCAUGAUUCCUACGUGUUCAAGUACUGUCGAGACUCGGCUAGCAGAGGAGUAUCUCGGAAUGAUGCUCCUGCUCGACCAGUAUCCGAGAAAUGCGUUUCGCUCCUCUCCCAAACAGUACCAAUCCGACACACUCGCAAGAAAGUGGGCCAACAUAGCCAUCAAGCACGGUCUGGACAGAAAGAUCGAUCAGACGCUCUGCACUUUCUUCUACCUUCCCUUCGCACAUUCCGAGAGUCUGGCAGAUCAAAAUCGAGCGGUUGAAUUGGGCGAGAGACUCGGCGAUCCGUUCUUGGACUUUGCCAAGCAACAUCGAGACGUUGUCGCCAAGUUCGGCCGGUUCUGUCAUAGGAAUCAAGUCAUGGGCAGACAAACAACGGAUGAGGAAGCUCGUUGGAUUGCCACUGAGGCCCCUGCUUGGGCUAGAUCUUAG